AUGCGGAAAAUAACUACUCAAAACUUUGGUGCAGUUGGAAAAGGUAAUAUACCAACUUCUAUUACAACUACCAAAAUAUUUGGCAUUUCUGGUUCUAGUUCUUUACAAGUCUUUUCUAUCUUUGAUGAACCUACACGAAAUGACAGUGAUGAUAACGAUGAUGAUGGUAAAAAAAGUGAUGCAGAAGUAGUAUCUUUUAAAACUGGUGCAAAACCCUUAUUACACGAACAAAAAAAGGAAGAGGUUACUCGACACACUGUUAUGGCGAAAUUAUUUCUUUUGGAUCGUGAACAUCAAUGGAAAGAUGUAGAUCGCGAGCAUCAAUGGAAAGAUGUGGAUCGCGAGCAUCCAUGGAAAGAUGUGGAUCACGAGCAUCAGUGGAAAGAUGUGGAUCGUGAGCAUCAAUGGAAAGAUGUGGAUCGCGAGCAUCAAUGGAAAGAUGUGGAUCGCGAGCAUCAAUGGAAAGAUGUGGAUCGUGAGCAUCAAUGGAAAGAACGAAUGUUUAAACUUAAUUAUCCAAAGAACUGUGAACAUUCACCUCGACUUAGUUUGUUUAUUAUUGCAUUGUUAGAUUAUUCUACUAAAAUGUUUAUUUAA